AUGAGCGAAACUACGCGGCUUAAGAGCACCAUCUACGUGGGUGGUCUUGACCAGGGUGUGACCGCACACACACUUGCGGAAGCUUUCGUUCCAUUUGGUGAAGUCGUCGAUAUCUCGCUGCCCAAACCGGACCAGCCCAACUCGGCUGAAGUUCACCGCGGAUUUGGAUAUGUGGAAUUUGAUCUGCCGCAAGACGCCAAAGAGGCCAUCGACAAUAUGGAUGGUAGUGAGAUCUACGGGCGCACCAUUAAAGUCGCCGCUGCAAAGCCACAGAAGGAUGCCAACGAGGGACUAGGCAGCAAGACUGCGAUCUGGGAACAGGAGGGUUAUUUGGCCAAGCAUGCCGUCAGCGAGGAGGAUCGGAUAGCAGCGGAGGAAGCUCAGGCUGCAAGCAGUCGUCCCCAAGAUCCUAUGCAGGGAUUGGAACAAUUAGAUGUUGCUGGGCCGAAGCCCGAGUGAAGCACGCUACACUUUACGAUAGCUACGACGCAGAUGACAAACAAAAG